AUGUCAACUGAAGUACCUGCUGGUUUCAAUAAGUAUCCUGCAACACAGCUAUGUUUUGUAGCUACUAUAGUUGUCCCUUUACUUGCAAAUGCAUUAUCUUAUAAAUACCUUUUCAUGGUAAGGAAUGAUCCUUUUAUAAUAGAAUAUAAUCAAUACUGGAGGUUUGUCACAUUCCAAUUUGGUGCAUUGAACGAGUCAGAUGUGGUAUUGUUAGCAUUAAUAUGGUAUAAUUUUAGACAAAUUGAAAGGUUAAUGGGUUCUUAUAAAUAUUUAAGCGUGAUUUCACUAUGUUGGAUGUAUACGACUCUGAUAUUAAGUGGUUCUGCUGUUAUUCUGAAUGUUGUGUUUCCAUGGAGUGUAUGGCAGAACUUUCCUUCCGGUUCGUUGCCUCUAGUGCUAACUUUGUUUCAUUUUUACAAGCAAUACACUCCACAAAUUUAUGAAUUUGAAUUCGUAUUCCCAUUACCUUGGCAACUACAACCUCCAACUGAUUCAGAUAUAACAGGCUCGCAGUAUCAGAGCCUGUCUGGCAAGAAGACUUUCAAAUGGAAACUCACAGACCAAUUUUACAUCGAGUUUCUAAUAGUGCUUCUGGUGUUGUCUCAAGGUUUUGCAGGAAUAGUUUGUGGGUUCAUAAGUUGGAUAAUUGGUGUAUUGUUAGAUGGAGGGUUGCUCCCUGGUAUGAAAGUAUGGAGAUUACCUUUGUUCCUGUUCUCAUCUGAUAAUAUCCAGACCCACAACGUCAAUGACAUAAGAAACCAGUUGCAAAAUAGUACAGAAGGGACGGCAGACGCUAACGAGAACUUAGACGACGUACCUCCAAGAUCACUUGGGAGACAAUUCAUAGAUACUUUCAGAGGGUAG